GACGCUUGUGAGCGUGAUCAGAGAUGAUGAGUGGCACUUGUGGAGCGGCACGACUUUCUUCAAAAUGAGGUGCCCUUUUAAGAAACGUAAAUCAAAUUUAUUUUUAUUGAGUUUUGGCCCAGGUACUGCUGUCGAGGUUGAGCAACGAAUUUAGACACUUAGCAUGAGUAAGUAUACUUUCAUAUAGUACGCGGUGUGGAGGUGGGGGCCAUGAUGCGUAUCUGUUGUAGUUGGUUCUCGUUCUGUGCAGAAUGGCCGACGCAAGGGGCCGUUAGCGCCGGAGGACGAUUCUAGCCGCCUUUGGCGUACAGCCGAUCCGGGACGGCGGGGCCGACCCGGGACCCAGGAGCGCAGGCGCGACACUCGCCUCUCGGUAUGAAGACUUUUUGCAGUCGGUCGCGGAAAUCGCCCGGCCCGGGUGUGCCCCAUGCUUCCACCUAGCGUGCUGCAAUGAUUGCAUCGAGUCGCAGGCCCGCCACCGGAGUCACGGCCACCGCGCGGGCUACGCGCGGCCGCGAGAUGUUGAGCCCGGAAAGCUAGCGCGGAGCGGCGGCGCCGCUCGCUAGGGCCAGGGUUGGAGGCAAUGAGCUGGGCCCACAAUGCACUGCCGCCGCGUCGCGUCCGCUGGCGUGGCCAGAAGCACCCCCUGCGCGUAUCUCGGGCCGCACCCGCGGCGGGGCUCUUGCAAAAGGGCGCGCCCGUUUUGCGCCGGCGUGGCUUUUUUCAUUCGCCGCCGGCUGGCUCGCGCCAGGCAGCUGGCGCGGCCACGUUUUGGCGCGCUGGCGGUCUGGCUAUCCGGCUGCGCCGGUGGUUGCUGCCCCAACAAUGAGCCCGCGCAGGCGGCCAUGGUAACGAAAGAAGUCGUGGCGCCUUCAGUCCACUCACGUCGCAAUCUGCAGUCGAGUCACUGGUCCGGCUUCGCAUCCUCUCGCCGAGGCAGUCCGCGUGUUUUUUCUUAACUCAGUAUGGCCUGCAACUGCAACACAGCGGAAGAGGAGGACUUGAGAGCAGGUUGUGAUCCGUACUAGCCGUAUGUUUCUCCUCGUCCGAGUUGCGGCUCACUGUGGAAAUUGGGUUGUUGGCUGUAGACUUUGGAAACCUCGCGGGACCACACCGUGGCAGAGCCGGUGCGAGACGGAGAGGUUGGUGCGUGUGAAACUACUGAACUGAGAGGGCGAGCGACACUCAGUGUCUCUUCGGCCCCCGAAUUGGGCGGGCUGCUGGGCUAGAGAGAGUGUCU